UAUUAAGAUUAACAAAAGAAGUUUUUGAGGAUGGAAAAGAAGCUUUCAUACGUAUAGCGAAUUUACAUAGAAAAAAUCCUUUGGUACAAAUUAAUGAUACAGUAUUUCAAGGUUCUUACGACUAUGCAAUGGGUACGAAUUUGUUUUUCGAAACUAUAUCAGGCGCUUCUCCCCAAACGAACCCUUUUAUAAAAAGAGGACCUGUUCAGUAUGAGAAUUCAUUUACCGGAAUGAAGACAAUCACUUUUAAAACGAUGAAAGUUCCACCUAGAAAAGUUAAACUACCCCAAGACGUUAAUAAAAUAGAAUUCAAUUUGGACUGGGACUAUCCUACAUUAUUACAAAAAAUUUCAGAAGGUUCAAUAAAACUGCAGGACAUUUUGAAAAAAGGGAAGCAAAAUGAGGAAAAUGAAGAAGAAGAAGUAGAGGAAAGUGAAAGAAUGGAAGUUGUAAGUGAACCGGUAGAAGAAGAAGAAGUUAUUGAAGCAGACGUGGAACAAAAAGAAGAAGAAGAAGAUACAGUUCCAACAGAACUUUUAGAAGAUUAUCAGAAGCUACAAGAUCUUGCAUUUAGGCCUGUGAAAAGACGAGUAGUGCUUGAUAAAAUAGAAAAUUGUGAUUCAGUGUUUAAAGAAGAAUAUGAAUAUAAAAACUUGGAAAAACAGGUUUUACAACCUUGUGGAUUAUUUGCUACUGAACCUGUUGUGGAUAUAAACGAAAAAACUCUUUCUAAUUGUGUGAAUAUUGAUCGAUGCAUUCUGUACGGAAUUAUCGAAAAGUCGACAAAAAAACCGAGAAUAUUGACCACAGAUGAAAAACGAAAAGUUUUAACUUUGGAAAAUUUCGAUAAUUUAUCGUUAGCUGGUCGAUAUUACGUUUUAAAAACACACGUCGGGGAUUUGGAGGACUAUUUAUCAACUAAAAGUGACAGUGAAUUGAACACGCGUGAUAAAUAUGGAAGAACACCCUUAAAGACGCUGGAAAUUUAUAAAAAAUUAACAGAAGCUGUGAAAAACCGAAUAGAAGAAAUCAAAUUUGGUUUACAUGAAAAUAUUGUGUAAAAUAUGUAAAUAUAAUUUUUUUUAAUAAAAUAUUUCAUUUUU